AGUCGUUCCAUCGAACGUCUGAUUGGAGAGUUGGAUACUCCUCCUCCCCAACAUACUUUCUUUACACAUGCUUGGAAUUUUUUUCGGUUGCUAUUCAAAAACAAAAUCGUAUUGAAUUAUAUUGCCAAUACCGAUUUUUUGUUCUGGUCUUUUUAUCCAGCAAAUAAAUUGAUUCAUAGCUCAUUAUCAAUUUAUAAUCAUUGACAAUCAUCAUGGGUGACGAAGUAAAUCAGACAGCACCGAUUACCGUUGAAGAAUCACUCGAUCUAAUUCGUUUAAGUCUUGAUGAACGAAUCUAUGUUAAAUUACGUAAUGAACGUGAACUUCGUGGCCGGCUACAUGCCUAUGAUCAACAUUUGAAUAUGGUAUUAAGUGAUGUUGAAGAGGUGAACAAAACAAUCGAAGUGAAUGAAGAGACAUUUGAAGAAUUUAUCAAUACAAAUAAACGUAAUAUUCCAAUGUUGUUUGUACGUGGUGAUAGUGUCAUACUGAUUUCACCUCCAGUUCGAAAUGCAAAUUAAUUCGAAAUUUUUUUUUUAAUGUACACAAGUUUUGUUUUGUGUGUUCAUCUCAUAAACAUUUGUGUAACAAAUUUUUUUUCCGUUUUCACAACUUUUCUCUGAAUAAACUUAAUUUUUUUUUCUUCAUCAUUAA